AAAGUAUCUGGCUGUCAGUCAAGUCAAGUUAUCAACUUGCUUUGCGCCUGUUCCUUGCUGUUUGUUUUUGUGAAUAAAUGUGUUGAGAUUCUGAGACUAUUUUUGAUAAAACACCUAAUUAGUCGGUCUUGGUAAAAAUUUUCAUGAAAACUCAUCAACAAGUGAUUAAUAAAAGUGGAUUUCUCACGAAACAUUAUUGUUCAUUACUUGGGAGACUGGCGUUCAUGAUUUUUAAUACUAUUCAUAAACUCUUAUAAUUUUCACAUAAAUUAGAUGGCGUUUCCUCAGCCCAACGCUCAAAGAGAACUGACUAAUAGGAAAAUAUUGGAAGAGUUGCAACUUAAAAAACAAAUGCUGUUGAAGCAGGCUGUCGCUCCGCUCACUGCCACAUUAAUUUCCCUCAACCAGCCAAGUCCUGUCAGUCAAUUGCCUAUGUGCUCCAUCCCUCCAGUUUCUGCUACUGCUGGCUUUCCACAAUUACCUGAAGCUAAUAUAGUGAACACAAGCCACAGGGCCGCUCUGCAGCACGCAAACGCUACCUCCUGUGGUUAUUUCGUCUCCCAAGACUCCUCAUUUGGAAAUCAAAUUCUGCCAGUCCUGCCCAGAUUUGACAACAAGUAGAAAUGGCAGCCAUUAUGAAGUUGAAGACCCUGCAAGGAUAUUUACAAGAUCUGAGAGGAUUUGCUGAACCUAAAAUACAGUUAGAACAAUAUGAGACUCCAGCGCAUAUUGCUGCUGCAGCAUUGUACACAAUACAG